AUGGCAGACAGCCAAGAGGUCGCACAGAGCGACACUCACCAGCAGCUGAGCGCCAGCCAGGCCCUCAACACGCUCGACUCGACAUGGUUCAUCUCGCAGUACCCGCGGUGGAUGGACGUCCUCAUCUACUCGGGCCAGGAGCUCUUCAUCCUCGACGGCGACGCCCUCCUCCAGCUUGUCCUCGACGACCCGCUCCUCGCGUUCGGCCGCAGCGGCGACCCGUCGCUCCAGCUCCUCCACGCCACCUACCUCCUCGAGAAGACGGUCGACGACCUCCUCAAAAAGGACACGAUGUUUGAAAUCGUCUUCUUCGAGAGCCAGGCGCACGCCAGCAUCCACACGGGCGCGCCGGCCUACGUCUCGGCCGCUCGUCGCCUCGCACGGUCCAUCCUCAUCCGCCGCGCCAACUUGCCCGACACCAAGGUCCACCGCUUCCAGUCGCUCGAGGACGACGCGUGGAAGACGUGGUACCAGCGCAAGCGGCCCAUGUACGUCCUCGGCCACGACGGCGGCCUCCAGACCAAGGAGGGCGAGCUCCAGGCCGAGCGCAUCCUCAUCCAGAGGCAGGCCCUGUACGACACGGUCCACCAGUCGUUGCCGUACGUCCUGCUCCAGGCCGCCGAGCUCACCGACACCAAGAUCAACGCCUACUUCUACGACGUCGUGCGUGGGACGGUGGCCGGCCUCCCCGAGAACAUCGUCGCCGCCGUCGAUGCCGCCAAGUCGGCGCUCGACUCGGCCGUCCCUGCCUUGCCUGCCGUCGCGUCGGCACCCGCAUCCGCCUCGGCCGACGACCUCCUCCGCACCGCCGCCGCGACCUUCCUCGCGUCGUCCCCCUCGGCGUCCGAGUCGACCCUCCUGUACCUGUACCUGUCGCACGCCCUCCUCCUCCCGUCGGUCCCGCUCCGCGCACGCGCACAGCGCAUCCCCGAAGCGUCGGCCGAGCUCAUGUCGAGCGUCCUCGAGCCGUUCCUCGCCAAGGUGUACGCGAGCCUGACGGCCGCCGUCGAGGCACUCCCCGAGGCCGAGGCGCAGAACCCGCUCGCCGACUUUGACCUCGACGGCCGCAUCUUCUUCAUCCUCCUCGUCGAGGUCCUCAACAAUGCCGACCUCGCGCCGGCCCAGCUCGCCGACUUCCUCGGCCCGGACGUCGCGGCGCGCCUCGACUCUCUGUGGUCGUCGCUCUCGGGUGCGGCCCAGCCCGACUUUGGCGCGCUGCGCUCGGCGGCGCCGGCCCAGUCGACCGAGCUCCCGCCCGUCCCGGCGACGCUCGUCGAGGACACCGUGCUGCCGUACACCCAGUCGAUCUUCACGGCCCACCUGUCGUCGGUCCACGUCGCCGUCUCGCCCGACUCGACGCUCGCGACGCUCCAGAACAAGCUCGCGACCGAGUCGGUGUUCAGCGACGAGCGCGGGUGGGAGAACCCGCGCCCGGCCCUGCCGACGCACCUUGGCGGCGCGCCGCCGCCCGUCCUCGACUACCGCGCCAAGAAGAAGCGCGACCGCAAGGAGCAGCGCUUCAUGGCCCAGAUGCAGAAGAGCGCCGCGUCGUUGACGGGCGCGUUCGGCGCGUCGCUCAAGCCGCAGACGAUCCCGUCGGUCGGCAAGCGCUCGGGCCCGACGCUCAAGCAGCAGGUCGCCGCCAUCGCGAGCGCCAAGAACUCGCGUGCGGCGACGCCCGACGCGAGCGGCGCCGCGACGCCGACGGGCAGCGAGGUCGGGCGCGACGGCUCGACGACGGGCGGCCGCGGCAGCAAGAAGGACAAGGUCAAGGUCCUGUCGAGCCGCGAGAAGCUCAUCGCCGAGAACGCGGCCAAGAAGCUCCAGGAGGAGGGCAAGGAGAACUACAAGUGGUGGGUCGAGCGCCUCGACGACCUCAAGGACAUGCCGAUCCCGGGCCAGAUCUCGCAGGUCCAGUCGUACCUCAAGAACAAGCGCGCCCAGGACCCGUGGCUCGGCACCGAGAUGUUGAUCAAGCGCGUCGACCUCGAGUUGCGCAAGUGGGUCGCCGACGAGCGCCGCGAGGCCGACGACGUCGCCGACCAGUACCGCGUCUUUAUCGCGCGCACCCUGAGCCCGCACCUCCAGAAGUACAUGCGCGCGCUCGACGAGGGCACGGGCGCCGUCGUCAUCAACGAGAAGCAGGGCCGCGCCAUCAGCAACACGCUCGCCGUCCUCGGCCUCGAGUGCCUCCUCCCCGAGGGCAUCAAGUGGAGCGACAAGCUCGCGAGCGCCGAGGACAAGAAGGACAAGAAGGCCAAGGCGGCCGCCGCCGACGACGACGACGGCAAGAAGAAGAAGGGCGCCGCCAAGCCGGGCUCGAAAGCCGCUCAAGCCGCCAAGAAGGACGCGACGUCGUCGGCCAAGGCGCCCAAGGCCGAGAAGGACGAGCGGUCCAAGUUGACGUUCCACUUCUGCGCCAUCAUCGACAAGGACGCCGGCGAGGCCAUGUACGAGUGGAUGGAGAUCGACGAGCACCCGCUCGAGUGGCAGCUGCGCACGAUGGGCGAGUACAUGGCCCGCGAGCUCGACUCGCGCCCGGACGCGCGCGUCAACUUUGAGCCCGACGCGUGGCAGCGCACCGUCCUCGACAACAUCGACGAGGACAAGUCGAUGCUCAUCGUCGCGCCGACCUCGUCGGGCAAGACGUUCAUCUCGUUCGCCGCCAUGGAGCGCGUCCUGCGCGAGUCGGACGAGGGCGUCGUCGUCUACGUCGCGCCGUCCAAGGCGCUCGUCAACCAGGUCGCCGCCGAGUGCUUUGCGCGCUUCUCCAAGGACGUGCCCGGCCAGGCCCUGUGGUCGGUGCACACGGGCGACUACCGCAUCAACAACCCGCAGAACUGCCAGAUCCUCGUCACGGUCCCCCAGGUCUUCUCCGAGAUGCUCCUCAACCCGGCCCUGUCGCGCGUGUGGACCCCGCGCAUCCGCCGCGUCAUCGUCGACGAGAUCCACGCCAUCGCCGAGGAGGGCUCGGGCAUGUGGGAGCAGGUCCUCCUCAUGAACCCGGCGCCCAUCAUCGGCCUGUCGGCGACCGUCGGCGCGCCCGAGCGCUUCUCGGCGUGGCUCCAGUCGGUCGAGGAGCGGUGCGGGCGCGAGUACGCCCUCGUGAUCCACACGCACCGGUUCAACGCGCUGCGCAAGUUUGCGUACGCGCCGCGCCUGUCCAAGUUCCCGGACAAGGAGAUCGCGCCGCUCAACGAGUACCGGUCGCACCCGAGCAUCUUUGCGCCCGUGCACCCGAUCGCGUCGCUCGCGCUCGGCGACCCCGAGUUGCCCGAGGACCUCGCGCUCGAGCCGCGCGACUGCCUCGCCCUGUGGCGCGCCAUGUCGGCCGUCGACAAGGAGCUCGACCCCAAGCUCAAGCCGCGCAAGUUCUUUGCGCCGACGCCGACCAUCGCCAUCAAGCACGUCAUCGAGUUUGAGCAGCACCUCAAGAAGAUCCUCGUCGAGUGGCGCAACGAGCCCGACUACGCCGACCCGUCGUCGCGCUUCUCGCGCACGGUCGAGUUCCUCGAGAAGCCCCUGCGCGAGGCGCUCGGCGUCUCGGAGAAGCUCAUCGAGAACGCGAGCGAGGACGAGUUCAACUCGCUCUUUACGCCCCUCCUCGCCGACCUCAACGCCCAGAACCAGCUGCCGGCCAUCCUGUUCAACUUUUCGCGCGACCACUGCGAGUCGCUCGCCAAGCGCAUCUCGCAGGACCUCGAGCGCGCCGAGGACAAGUGGCGCAAGAGCUCGCCGACGUUCAAGGACCGCCUCGCGCGUGCGCGCGCCGCCGAGAAGGCCGCCGCCAAGAAGGCCAAGGCGGCCGAGUCGCAGACGGUCAACCGCAAGCAGGAGGAGGAGGCGGCCCGCAUGGGCGUCGUCGAGGAGGUCCAGGCGUUUGACCCCGAGGCGCCGUCCGAGGAGUUCACGUUCGUCGGCAAGGGCAUCUCGCUCAUCGAGUUCAAGAAGGACGUCGACGACCUCCUGUUCCUCGACAUGGACCCGUGGAUCAUCAACGCGCUCCGUCGCGGCGUCGGCGUCCACCACUCGGGCUUGCCCCGCCGGUACCGCGUCCUCGUCGAGAACUUGUACCGCCGCGGCGUCCUGCGCGUCGUCAUCUCGACCCAGACGCUCGCGCUCGGCAUCAACGCGCCGGCGCGCACGGCCGUCUUUGCCGGCGACUCGCUCGAGCUCAACCCGCUCAACUUCCGCCAGUGCUCGGGCCGCGCCGGCCGUCGCGGCUUCGACCUCGUCGGAAAUGUCCUCUUCGUCGGUGUCCGCCUCGACCGCAUCCAGCGCCUCCUCCUGUCCAAGCUCCCCAAGCUCGGCGGCACGUUCCCUCUCACGACGACCCUCAUGCUCCGCCUCAACAACCUCAUCUACGGCUCGCGGCCCGAGGAGGAGGACGAGACGCGCAAGAAGCGCAAGUACGAGGAGGAGGACACGACGCCCGACCUGCCCAAGAUGUCGGUCGAGACGCUCCUCGACCUGCCGCAGCUCGCCGUCAGCCACGCGUCGGUGACGGGCAACCGCGAGCAGACGCGCCACUUUGCGCGGUUCGCCAUCGAGUACCUGCGUCGUGCGGGCCUCCUCGACGAGGACGGCACGCCCAAGACGCUGUACGGCGUCACGUCGGCCCUGUACCCGGAGGAGCCGAGCAACUUUGCCCUGGCGGCGCUCCUGCGCUCGGGCGAGCUGCACAAGGUCGCCGCCGGCAUCGACUCGAAGCCGGACGAGACGCUGUCGACGAUGCUCCUCACGCUCGCGUGGCUGUUUGGCCGCGUGCACCGCCGCAAGCAGUCGCCCGAGACGAUCCGCAAGACGCGCAACUCGACGUCGCUCAUCGUCCUGCCCCAGCUCCCGGCCCCGAUCCGCGCCGUCCUCGACGCGCACCACCGCUCGGCCCUCGGCGUCUUCUCGACGUACGCCAAGGAGUUUGCCCAGCAGAACCCGGACAAGCUCGGGAACGACGACGUCCUGCCGCUCUCGGGCCGCAAGGCGGUCGGCAGCGAGGCGGCCGACUCGGCGUUCGCGAGCAAGCUGCGCCAGAGCGAGCUCGCGUUCGAGUCGCGCUCGGCGUUCGCCGCCCUGUCGGGCCACGGCGACGACUUUGCGUCGGUGCACGAGCUGUCGCGCACGGCGCGCGCCGGCGUCGUCCUGUACAACCACGCCGUGCCCGAGUUGGCGUCGCCGCCGUUCGACUCGACCGAGCACGACCUCGACGCGUUCGUCAUCGACUUUUACCGGCACGGCAACCUCGAGACGCUCAUCCGCGAGUCGUCGAUCGAGCGCGGUGACGUCUGGUUCCGCCUCCAGGACUUUGACCGCGCGCUCGGCGGCAUCCACACGGCGUUCAAGGCCCUGUACAACCGCAAGGGCGACAACGUCGCCGACGACGAGAUGGACGACGCGCGCGACGCCAAGGAGGACCGGCGCGACGCUGGCGGCGACGCCGACAAGGAGCACGUCCUGCAGCGCCCGGGCGGCAUCUCGGACAGCGACUGGGCCCUCUUCCGCGUCAUCGACACGCUCUACAACGAGUUCCACACGGCCUUCUACGCCAUCUUCGCCUAACCUCGUCGUCGUCGUCGUCGUCGUGGUCGCGGCACGGUCGGAGCGGAGGGGAGGGACGAGGAGCGGUCGAGGCUCGUCCUCGUCGGGCCUCGAGCAUGGUCGUAUCUCUGCCUUGUACACAGCAAAACCUGCACACGUUUCUCGCAC